AGGAAAUUUGUUUACUGUUUUGCAUUGGAAAACCAUUGUUGUGCUUUCUAAACCAUCCCCCUCCCUCACUACGCAUUUACACAAUUCUUCAACAACCUUAAAGUUGUGCAUAUUUCACAGCGUCUAAGAGAAAAGUCUGUUAAUCCUUGUGAGUCCAAUAUUUUGUAACACGAGAUGCCAUCAUAACACACACACACCGGGUCAUCAUCGACGCACAGUGAGCCCUUGUUAGCACCGCCACCGUCUGGCAGCAGAGCACAAGGCGGCUCCGCAAUGGAUCCUCGGAUCCUCAUCACCCUCUUCCUCCUCUACCAAGCCACCUCAGCCACGAGCCAUCAGUCCCCUACGCGCUUUUACUCGGAUGACCUCGCUCGCGAGGAAAGUACCACAACAAUCCGUGAUAGUCGCCCGGGUGACAUAAUGGCGUCCGUAGCGAAUGGCUACUUAGGCACCAUAGUUUACAGCGAUACGGUCCAUAUUGCCGGUAUAUACAGUGGGAAAGCCUACCCGAAACCCUGGCCGGCCUAUCCACUGCAUUUCUACGAGCACACUCACAGGGCGCGCCUACCGUCUACUUGCGCGGUGAAUUUCUCCUUGAGUGAGCGUGAGAAUAUCACAGGGAAAAGCUCGUACGCUUUAGACGUGUCGGAGGCUGUUUUCUAUCGCUGGUUCAAGGCUGAUGGGGGGACGUUUGAUGUGGAGCAGAGGAUCUAUGCGCAUCGGUCACGCAAGCAUCUCCUUGUGGUUGAGAUCUCGGUGAAUAAUAGUCUGCAGCGUGACGUCACGCUAACCUUGACAACUAACCGCGGGGGGAUAUCGAGAGAUGUGGACCUGAAUGAGACAGUGUUUAAGCCAGGCUUGAGGGUCGCUGUUGGUAAGGUCAAAGUAUUGGAAGAGUCAAACGGUUACCGCGCGAAUGUCGCGAUGGUCUGGGACGAGAUUCCUGCUAAUUUGACCGUGAGGGCCUCGGGCGAGCAGCACUGGUACUUCAUCACAGCAAUUGUUACUAGCCUCGAUAACACGCUUAGUCCUGAGAACGAGGCUCUGAAUCAGUGGAAGGAUGCAUCAUGGGCUAGAAAGGACCUUCUAGCUUCCCACAAAGACGCCUGGAAGACGCUGUGGAGCACAGGGCGCAUAGACGUAGAGGGUGACCUCCAGCUCUCCCAGGCCAUCUACAGCAGCAUGUACAACAUACUGAGCUCCACCCGGGCCGACUGGCCGUACGGGCUGAGUCCGGGGGGGUUACCGGGAGGUGAGGAGUACAUGGGCCACACCUUCUGGGACCAGGACAUCUGGAUGUACCCGUCUCUUGUGCUGUUGCAGCCUGACCUCGCCCGGGCGUGCCUGCAGUACCGGUACCACAGGCUGCCCGCUGCGAGGCUUAUUUCGCAGAAGUUUGGAAUGAAAGGGGCAAUGUUCCCGUGGGAGAGCUCCCUCAGUGGGGUCGAGACCUCGCCAGGGCUGGUGUAUGGCGAGACACAGGUCCACAUCACGGGGGACAUCGCGUACGCCGCAAAGCUCUACUGGUGGGCUACUAAGGACCAGCAGUGGAUGAGGGAGACUGGGUACCAACUUGCUACUCAGACCGCAGAGUACUGGGCCAGCAGGGCUAAUUACCGUGACGCCGCUGACCAGUAUGUGAUCCAGUACGUCAUGCCCCCCGACGAGUAUCAGUUCCCUGUGGACAACUCGGUUUACACGAACGUCGUGGCCAAAUUGAACCUGGAGUUCGCCAUUCAGAUAUCAAAGAUCUUGGGCAAAUACUAUCCAAGCAGAUGGGAGUGGAUCAGGGAUAAGAUGUACAUUCCAUUCGACACCGAGCGCCACUACCACCCGGAGUUUGACGGCUAUCAUCCGGGCAUUAAGGUCAAGCAAGCAGAUACCAUCCUGAUUGGGUACCCACUUAUGUUCAACAUGAGCAAACAGAUUCGUCGAAAUGACCUUGAGAUGUACGAGAAGGUGACGGAUCGUAAUGGCCCGGCUAUGACCCAUUCCAUGUUUGCGAUUGGUUGGCUGGAGGUUGGCGACAAGAAAAGGGCAGCCAAGGCAUUUGCUAGAAACUAUGAAAAUAUUCAGGGACCCUUCAAGGUAUGGACUGAGCAGAGCCACAGUCGCGGUGCCGUCAAUUUCAUCACGGGCGCCGGGGGGUUCCUCCAAGGCCUGCUCCACGGCUACGGGGGCGUGCGAGUACGCGAGGACAGUCUCGAGAUCAAUCCCACCCUACCCCCCUCAACCACCAGGCUCACCCUCACGGGUGUUCAUUACCUUGGCAGCGUGAUCGACAUAGCCUUAGACGCAUCACGUGUUAACGUGACGUUGACGUCUACGUCACAGAUUGCGCCUAGUUUGGAAGUGGUGGUCAGCGGAGUGUCCAGAGUGCUGAUGGAGGGACAGACAGUAAAUAUACCAAGCGGAAAGGCAUUUGUGCGCAUGCGCGCAUAGGUGUGUAGGGUCUUUUGUACCGCAGUAUCUUUUAUUCGUUCCCCAAUAAAAAAGAAAUCACAUGCCUUA